UUAGAGGCUUAUCCGAGUAGGGGACAGCAGUGCGGACUCCGUCGCCGGUAUGGUCGCACGUUAACGCGAAAUUUCCCCGCGAUUUUCGCAAAAACGCAAAUAAAAUUAGUGUUACGAAUAUUUUCCGCGCCCCUUACACCUGAAGGGUUUAAUGAACUGACUCAUUAAAUUAUGUGAAAACUUGAUAUGGACUUUUGAAUACAGAUUUUCAAAAUGAGGACUAAAGAUUUGGAUGAAGACAAAACAAAGCGGAUAAUAUUACAAUACCGAUGACCAAAUGUAAAUUUGUGAGAAGAUACCGAGCAUGGCAAACGUGACAGAUGCAAAUUGCGUCCCCGGCGCAACUAAUUUUAAUAGAGCAUAUAGUAGAUUGCACGGGUACAUUGCUAUAGUAAUAUGUAUCAUCGGGUCCGCCACAAACUCAAUCAACAUCGCUGUACUCAGUCGUCGAGAGAUGGCUACUUCCACAAAUUCAAUUCUCACUGGCCUCGCCGUUGCAGAUCUUCUCGUCAUGUUAGAAUACAUACCGUAUGCCUUGCAUAUGAACAUUAAAAUCGGUCCUCAAGUAAAUAAGAAUACUUACGCUUGGGCGGUCUUCGUUUAUUUCCAUUCGAUCUUCAGCCAAACAUUUCAUACGAUAUCAAUCUGGUUAGCAGUGACGUUGGCCGUGUGGCGAUAUAUCGCUAUAGCCUUCCCCCAGAAGAACCGAACAUGGUGUAGCAAGAGAAACACGACCCUGGCAAUCGUAAGCGCCUACGUUAUAUGCCCCUUCCUGUGUCUCCCGAUUUAUUUCGCGAUGAACAUAGUGCCAAAUGAAGUGACUCCACAUAACAAUUCUGAAUUCGCAGAGGACUUGUCACUUCCCCACAACCGGACCGUUUACGUGUUAGAAAUGUCUAAAAAUAAAGAGUUAGUGACUGCAAUAAUGUGGAUUUAUAGUGUAAUUUUGAAACUGGUGCCAAGUAUAGCAUUAUCAGUGUUAAGUACCUGUUUAAUAUCGAAGUUAACUACGACGGAAAGGAGGAGGCAAAAACUGCUCAAGCGGUCCAUAAUUGGCCCUAACGAGCCCGAGAAGCAGCAGUGUUUGGCGACAAGUUUGGCUGAGGAGGCGUCGGCUCGACGAACUAGCCGGACGGACCGGACGACUCGAAUGCUGUUAGCCGUCCUUGGCCUCUUUCUUUCCACGGAAGUUCCACAGGGGCUCUUGGGCCUCGCUAGUGCAUUAGCCCCAGACUUCUUCAAAAACUGCUACAGUAUGUUUGGUGAUUUGAUGGACGUGCUGGCACUCUUCACGUCGUCAGUGAACUUCGUGCUGUACUGCAGCAUGAGCCGUCAGUUCAGGUGCACCUUCGCCCGCCUCGCCCGAAGAAUGGUCUACGCGGCUGAAGAACCAGCAAAAGGUGCUAAACUUGAACCCACGACACAGGUCACCGGCCCCCUAUAGCGACAGAUUCCCGCCCUCGUCAGGGUGGUGGAGGACAGUAUUAUAUAGAUUUGAACAGGAUCUCCCAGCCUGUUUGAAUCAUAAUAAUACGACCAAGUAGUUUAGUUUGAGCAAUUAUUGUUAUUAACCAUGUAAUAAAUAAUAUUAGUAUUUGUUUAUUCAAGGUCACUUUAAUAAUAAGUUAAACUUGUAAAAAUGUCUAUAGUAGCAGCAAAAUUGUGUUAUAGUAUUAACUCAUUCUUAGAUAGAUAGGUAAUAAUCGAAACUAGUCUUCGCGUCUUUUGAGCCAAGACGCAAAAACUGGCUUAGUAAUUACUUGUAAUUAAUGCCUAAGAUAUUUUGUAAAACAUACUUAUUUUUAAUUAUGUAAUUCUUUAUCUGUAUACUUACGCUUAGGGUCCAAAAAGUGUUUUAGUCCUACAAACUCUGUAUAUAAUAUAUUGCGUGUUAUAAAAACUGUGUUGUGCAUACCUGAUAUCUCUUUUUUUAAUUACCUAAAUGUAAUACAUUACACCUAAUUUACAAUUUUGUAUAUAUGUACUGUUUUACAAAUUUUAUAUUUUACAAUGUACUACGGUCUCAUUUUAAAGCUAGUAUAAUUAAAUGUACCUAUUAUUGAUU